GAGAGAGAGAGAGAGAGAGAGAGAGUAAAUUGCCAUUCCAAUAUUCCAUUGAACAGUACCCUUUUUGUUUUCUCGAAUUCCAACCAUUCCCUGCAGAAUCCUCCAUUAUACCCCCCCUCCCCCCGACCCCAGACCCAGACCCGGUUACUACCUCCUUUUCAUUCUCUCUAUCUCAUUGAAAAAAAAGAGAUAAGGAAAAAAGGACCUCUCUCUCUCUCUCUCUCUCGUUCUCUUUCUCUUCAUCUCCCUCUCAACCUCUUUGAUCUCCUUUUCUUUUCCUUUUCCUCUGUGUGUGUGCGUGGGUAUAUAUAUAUAUAUAUAUAUUUAUAGGAUUAGUUCUCUGAUCCCUCUCUCUGCUGCUCUCUUUUAAUAACACAGCUUCCCUUUUUCACUACCUUUUCCUUCAAAUCCUUGUUCCCAAAAGAUAUCUGUUACUUUCUACUUUGCGGCAACCACUCCAACUCAACUCAACUCUCUCUCUUCCCCUCUGACUAAUGCUUUCCCUUUCUUCUGCUACUUCUUCACCUUUCUUUUAUUUUAAUCCUCUGAUUUUUACCACCACCCCCUAGGCCGAUUUUAUCAAAAAGCCUAUCUCCUUUCAAACACUCCCAACCCCCAUUUCACUCUCUCUCUCUUUAUCCCAACACCCAAUGCAAAUCAUAAGCCACUCAUGAUAUAAUCACACCUAAGCUGAAACCUGUAACCUGAAAAGCCAUUUUUUCCUUCAUUCAAGGUUUGAUUUCUAUUUUUCCUUGUUUUGUGAUUGGCCUAUUUAAUAGACUUCUCUUAAAUUAGAUCCUUAGCCAUCCUCUCAUGUUGUUCAGCCCAGAUACCAUAAUGACAAGAACUUCAUCAUCACACUUUCCAGACUUGUCCUUACAGAUCAGCCCACCUUCAGUUCCAGAUCACAGUGAAGCCAAUAAGGAAGUGGCCGGUUAUGAUGGAUUAUUAACAAGAAAACCGCUUUUCUGCAGCGAUAGGAGCUCAACCACCACCGAUUCAGGUAGCAGCGGAAGCGAUUUGAGCCAUGACAAUGGUUUCAAUCAAUUUGAUGGAGCUUAUAAUCAUCUUGGCUCCGGAGAACCCACGUUGAGCCUAGGGUUUGAUAUGAAAGAUUUGAUUCCACCUGUUCAACUUCCUAGAAAUUUAAACAACAACCACCACCACCACCACCACCACCACCAUCAUCAUCAACUUCACCAACCUCAAAUCUAUGGCCGUGAUUUUAAGAGAAAUGGAAGAGCAAUUAGCAGUGUGAAAAGAAGCAUAAGAGCUCCCCGAAUGAGAUGGACUACAACUCUCCAUGCUCAUUUUGUUCACGCAGUUCAGCUUCUUGGAGGCCAUGAGAGAGCGACUCCGAAAUCAGUAUUAGAGUUGAUGAAUGUGAAAGAUCUAACCCUAGCUCACGUGAAGAGUCACUUGCAGAUGUAUAGAACAGUGAAGAGCACUGACAAAGCAGCAACAGGUCAAGGGCAGACAGAUAUUGGUUUGAACCUAAGGCCAGGGAUCGCUGAUACAGAUGGAGUUUUAUCUAAUUCUAAAAAAUCUAACUCACAGACAACGACUAUAUUGCCAAAAUCUCAAAGAGGUUCGUGGUCAUCAUCGUUGGAGACGCAAGAAAGAAGAAAAUUAAGCCAUGAAAAUGAUUUAAAAUAUUCUGCUUUGAGAGAAAACUGCACCAAGGUGGAAAAACAAAAUUCAGAUCUCCAAGUAGCAGAUAGAUUGAAGGAAAGGUUGGAUUCCAGCUCGUUGUCAUCUUCAAAUAUGUACCUCAAUCUAGAGUUCACGCUUGGAAGGCCAAGCUGGCAAAUGGAUCAUUCACAUGAAUCCUCUAAUGAAGCAACCCUUCUCAAGUGUUAAAAACUUCAAUAUAUCUACAUGAUAUGCUUUUUUGUACUCUCUUUUGGCCCGAGGUUGAGAAAAAAAGAAUAUAUCAAAAUGAAAAUGUACGUGCACGAAUUUCGAAAUUCGUUACAUGUUCACUCAAA